GGAAAUUGACAUUACUUUGCACUACAGCCAACUGUAUAUGUUUUUGGAAAUAAAGAGUCUAAUAGUCUUGUAUUUAGUUUAAAGUAUGCAUGGAAUAAAAUAAUGUAUAGAAAUAUUUGAAGCAUUCGAAGGUAUUUUGUUGGUUAUGGGACGCUGAUGCUUACGAGGAUACGUUUUGUGUUGGUGGGUAAAGUAGGUUCCUGUGGGCGUAUCUCGAUUUUCUCGGUAUAGAUAGUAGAGAGGAUGGUCUUGUAGCGGAGUCCCUGUGGUGUGAAUAUUUAGGAACUGCUCUACGUGUGGUACAUCAAAUCCAGUGUAUAAGUAACUGAAAACAAGUAGAUUUAAGUUGGAACAAUUUCCUUGUGCGAUGAUAGUUCAAUUAUCAGGAGGGCUGUGUCCGUGGUCGUAGUGCAAUCGUGGCCUUGUAGUUCUAGAUUAAAUACAUAGAGAGAGAGAAAGACUCGCAUAUAGUAUACACACACCCAGCGAAUCCACGAAAUUAAUUAUUACAAUUCGACAGUAAAGCAAUUUGUGCCGUUUAUAAAUUUAGGUUUGUUGGCCAGCCAGGAUGCAAGCAAUAAAGUGCGUUGUCGUCGGCGACGGUGCCGUUGGUAAAACAUGUUUGUUGAUAAGUUACACGACAAACGCCUUUCCGGGCGAAUAUAUCCCGACAGUAUUCGACAAUUAUUCCGCAAAUGUGAUGGUGGAUGGAAAACCUAUCAACUUAGGUUUGUGGGAUACGGCUGGUCAAGAAGAUUACGACCGUUUACGUCCGCUUUCUUACCCUCAAACUGAUGUCUUUUUGAUAUGUUUCUCCUUGGUGAAUCCAGCAUCUUUCGAGAACGUCCGAGCGAAGUGGUACCCAGAAGUGAGACAUCAUUGUCCAAAUACUCCAAUAAUUCUUGUUGGCACAAAGUUGGAUUUGCGUGACGAUCGACAAACAAUCGAAAAGCUUAAAGACAAGAAACUGCAGCCUAUUACCUAUCCAUCUGGUUUGGCGAUGGCCAAAGAAAUAAGCGCCGUGAAGUACCUCGAAUGUUCUGCAUUGACACAGAAAGGAUUGAAAACCGUAUUUGACGAAGCUAUUCGAGCCGUAUUGUGCCCAGUGAUGCCAGUCAAACCGAAGCGUAAAUGUACCAUCCUUUAAAACCCCGCAGAUUAGGUUUCAUUUCAUUCGCUUUUAACAAAAAUAUAUAUAAAAAAAUAUACAAAGAAGAAUAAGAGGAAUAUGAAGAAAAAAAAAUAAAGGAAGAGGACAGACGGAGGAAGGAAGGAGAUCAAAACAAUAACAAUGUCUAAUAAUGGAAACAAUUGUCGGGCUAUGCCGCCUUCAAGUGGAAGAAUUUCCCCUUUUGGCCAACAUUACUAAUAAAGGAAAGGAAGAAAAGCAACAAGUUAUUAAUUAUAUUAAAAAAAAACAAGUAAAACCGGUAAGAUAAAACUAUACUACUAAGCACAAAGUGUGUGAGUGUGUAAAUGUGAUUAUUUCAAAAUUUAU